UUAUAUGCGUGUCUCGCAGAUCAGGAUUACUUUUCCGCAUCACAGUGACAGAUCAACACAAUGAGAGCUUGCUGUUGCCCUGCGUCUACCUUUUCCACCUGGAUACACCCGGAUAAAUCCUUAGCCGAGCUAGCAAAGGCGCAUUUGUGGCGGUCGGCAAGCGAGCUCUUCGGCAUAUUCUAUGCACCAACUUCAGUCGUUAUAAAGAUGCGCUACCCCACUAAAAGCAUGGUGGAGACUGCCAACAGUUCUAUGAAACCCUUCACAGCGCGUCCUGAAGAUGUCGAAGUGCGAAGAGAGGGCCCUCGAGCCUGUGGAAGGCGUCACGGAUCUGGAACGGGUAGUCACCGCAGCACCCCAGACGGCGGAUGAUGUCGAGAAACAUAAUGGACUUGUGGCUAUUGACACCUCAGCUUCUGAACGCUUGCCGUUUUCGAAAGCGCGAUGUGUAGCGCUUGUUACGACGAUUGCUGCGGCGCCGUUUUUGAGUACAAUGGCCGUCCAAGCCUCAGUCAUUAUCCUACCCACCAUCGGAGAAGAACUGAAUAUCCCAGUUAGUCGCCAGCAGUGGAUUAUCUCCGCCUACAACCUCACAUUUGGCUGCUUCCUGCUACUAUGGGGUCGUCUAGCAGAUGUCUACGGCCGACGGAUGAUCUUCCUCUGGGGCUCCGCGGCCUUUACACUGACAUCGAUAAUAACCCCUUUCAUCCCCAAUGAGAUCGGCUUCGACAUCUUCCGUGGCCUCCAGGGUCUCGCUGCCGCCGCCAUGGCACCGACCGCUCUCGGCAUCCUCGCUUCUACCUUCCCACCCGGAAAGACCAAAGACAUCGCCUUUGGAUGUUUCGGCGCUGGAGCUCCACUUGGUGGCGUUCUAGGCAACAUCUUCGGUGGUGUAGUAGGCGAGUACCUUGACUGGCAGUGGGUUUUCUGGCUCUUUGGUAUCAUAGCGGGGAUCUCUACGGUUGCAAGCUACUUCGUCAUCCCAAUUCCACCAUUGAAGCCCGAGCCUGUCUUGCGCAAUACGGUCGAUUGGAUCGGCGGAUCGCUCAUAACCAUCGGGCUUGUCGUUCUCGUGUUUGCACUUUCCGAAGGUAAUGUCGUGGGCUGGAGUACGCCGUGGGUACCAGUACUCAUCGUACUCUCGCUGAUCAUCAUCGGCGCAUUCGGCUUCUGGCAGCAUUACCUCGAGCACAAAACAGAAAGGCGACCAUUGAUGAAGAUGAGUAUCUUUAAGAACGGCAAUUUCACUGCUGCCAAUGUGCUCAUGGCGCUGUUCUUCUCGUCGUUCAACAACUACCUCAUCUUCGCAACCUACUGGUUCCAGGAUUACCAGGGUCUUUCCGUCAUUCAGACGACGCUAAGGUUUCUGCCAACCGGUAUCACGGGAAUCUUGGUCGCGACCAUCACCGGGCAGAUCCUCUCACGGAUCCCAGGCGAUUACAUACUGACUUUCAGCACUAUAUGCAUGAGCAUCUCUUCGCUGCUCUUUGCGAUUCCAAUUCCUGUUCACACGACCUACUGGGCCUAUGGCUUUCCUGCUAUGGUACUGUGUGUCUCGGGUGCAGAUACCAUGUUCCCAGUCCUUACGUUGUUUGUAGCGAAGACGCUGCCCCCGGAAGAUGCAUCACUUGGUGGUGCGCUCAUCACUGCUGUUGGUCAAAUUGGUCGCGCGAUUGGUCUCGCGAUUGCGACAGCGGUACAGACAGCAGUUGUGGCUAGAGAAAAAGGUCUACGUGUGGAUGAGAUCGGUGGGGAAGGACAUAAGACGGAGCCUUGGGAUAACGCACUUAAGGUGGGCAUCAGAACGACGGCUUGGUUCAACUUUGGCAUGAGUGUUGCGUCCACGGCUGUUGUCAUCUUCUUCAUUAGAGGUAUUGGGAUUAUUGGAGGGAAAGGGAAACGGUAGCGCAUUAGUGGACUUAUCGAGCAAACCACCUGGUACCAAUCGUUCCCCCACUCCUAUGCGAACAUCGGUCCAAACUUCGGAAUGCCACACGCUGAUAGUGCUGAAUCACGU